AUGCCAGCUGGGGGCCGGGCCGGGAGCCUGAAGGACCCCGAUGUGGCUGAGCUUUUCUUCAAGGAUGACCCAGAAAAGCUCUUUUCUGACCUCCGUGAGAUUGGCCAUGGCAGCUUUGGAGCUGUGUACUUUGCCCGGGAUGUCCGGAAUAGUGAGGUGGUGGCCAUCAAGAAGAUGUCCUACAGUGGAAAGCAGUCAAAUGAGAAAUGGCAGGACAUCAUCAAGGAGGUGCGGUUCCUACAGAAGCUUCGGCAUCCCAAUACCAUUCAGUACCGGGGCUGUUACCUGAGGGAGCACACAGCUUGGCUGGUGAUGGAGUAUUGCCUGGGUUCAGCUUCUGACCUUCUGGAAGUGCACAAGAAGCCCCUUCAGGAGGUGGAGAUUGCAGCUGUGACCCACGGGGCCCUUCAGGGCCUGGCUUAUCUGCACUCCCACAACAUGAUCCAUAGGGAUGUGAAGGCUGGAAACAUCCUACUGUCAGAGCCAGGCUUGGUGAAACUGGGGGACUUCGGCUCUGCAUCCAUCAUGGCACCUGCCAACUCCUUCGUGGGCACCCCGUACUGGAUGGCUCCAGAAGUGAUCCUGGCGAUGGAUGAGGGGCAGUACGAUGGCAAGGUGGAUGUCUGGUCCUUAGGCAUAACCUGCAUUGAGCUGGCGGAACGGAAACCACCACUGUUUAACAUGAAUGCGAUGAGUGCCUUAUACCACAUUGCACAGAACGAGUCCCCCGUGCUUCAGUCAGGACACUGGUCUGAGUACUUCCGGAAUUUUGUCGACUCCUGCCUUCAGAAAAUCCCUCAAGACAGACCAACCUCAGAGGUUCUUCUGAAGCACCGCUUUGUGCUCCGUGAGCGGCCACCCACAGUCAUCAUGGACCUUAUCCAGAGGACCAAGGAUGCUGUUCGGGAGCUGGACAACCUGCAGUACCGCAAGAUGAAGAAGAUACUGUUCCAGGAGGCGCCCAAUGGCCCUGGCGCGGAGGCCCCAGAGGAGGAGGAGGAGGCAGAGCCCUACAUGCACCGGGCUGGGACGCUGACCAGUCUAGAGAGUAGCCAUUCGGUGCCCAGCAUGUCCAUCAGCGCCUCCAGCCAGAGCAGCUCAGUCAACAGCCUGGCAGAUGCCUCUGAUAAUGAGGAGGAGGAAGAGGAGGAGGAAGAAGAGGAGGAGGAGGAAGAAGGCCCUGAAGCCCGGGAGAUGGCCAUGAUGCAGGAGGGGGAGCACACAGUCACCUCCCACAGCUCCAUCAUCCACCGGCUGCCGGGCUCUGAUAACCUCUAUGAUGACCCCUACCAGCCAGAGAUGACCCCAGGGCCUCUCCAGCCACCUGCAGCCCCAGCUCCCACCUCUACCACCUCUUCUGCCCGCCGACGGGCUUAUUGCCGCAACAGGGACCACUUUGCCACCAUCCGUACUGCCUCCCUGGUCAGCCGUCAGAUUCAGGAGCAUGAGCAGGACUCAGCCCUGCGGGAGCAGCUGAGUGGCUAUAAGCGGAUGCGACGACAGCACCAGAAACAGCUGCUGGCGUUGGAGUCACGGCUGAGGGGUGAGCGUGAGGAGCACAGUGCGCGGCUGCAGCGAGAGCUCGAGGCACAGCGGGCUGGCUUUGGGGCUGAAGCCGAAAAGCUGUCCCGGCGGCACCAGGCCAUCGGGGAGAAGGAGGCGCGAGCCGCCCAGGCCGAGGAGCGGAAGUUCCAGCAGCACAUCCUUGGGCAGCAGAAGAAGGAGCUGGCCGCCCUGCUGGAGGCGCAGAAACGAACCUACAAACUGCGGAAGGAGCAGCUGAAGGAGGAACUCCAGGAGAACCCCAGCACCCCCAAGAGGGAGAAGGCUGAGUGGCUUUUGCGGCAGAAGGAGCAGCUACAGCAGUGCCAGGCAGAGGAGGAGGCUGGGCUGCUGCGGCGGCAGCGCCAGUACUUUGAGCUGCAGUGUCGCCAGUACAAGCGCAAGAUGCUGCUGGCACGCCACAGCCUAGACCAGGACCUGCUACGAGAGGACUUGAACAAGAAGCAGACACAGAAGGACUUGGAGUGUGCAUUGCUGCUGCGGCAGCACGAGGCCACGCGGGAGCUGGAGCUCCGGCAGCUGCAGGCUGUGCAGCGCACUCGGGCUGAGCUCACCCGCCUGCAACACCAGACGGAGCUGGGCAACCAGCUGGAGUACAAUAAGCGGCGUGAGCAGGAGUUGCGGCAGAAGCACGCGGCCCAGGUUCGCCAGCAGCCCAAGAGCCUCAAAUCUAAGGAGCUGCAGAUCAAGAAGCAGUUCCAGGAGACGUGUAAGAUCCAGACUCGGCAGUACAAGGCUCUGCGGGCUCACUUGCUGGAGACCACGCCCAAAGCUCAGCACAAGAGCCUCCUUAAGCGGCUCAAGGAAGAACAGACCCGCAAGCUGGCAAUCCUAGCCGAGCAGUACGACCAGUCCAUCUCAGAGAUGCUCAGCUCACAGGCGCUGCGGCUUGAUGAAACCCAGGAAGCAGAGUUCCAGGCCCUUCGGCAGCAGCUGCAACAAGAGCUGGAGCUGCUCAAUGCUUACCAGAGCAAGAUCAAGAUCCGCACGGAGAGUCAGCAUGAACGGGAGCUACGGGAGCUGGAGCAGAGAGUAGCCCUGAGGCGGGCCCUGCUGGAGCAGCGGGUGGAAGAGGAGCUGCUGGCCCUGCAGACAGGGCGCUCCGAGCGAAUCCGGAGUUUGCUUGAGCGGCAGGCCCGUGAGAUCGAGGCUUUCGAUGCGGAGAGCAUGAGGCUAGGCUUCUCCAGUAUGGCUCUGGGGGGCAUCCCAGCUGAGGCUGCUGCCCAGGGCUAUCCUGCUCCACCCCCUGCCCCCGCCUGGCCCUCCCGGCCGGUUCCCCGUUCAGGGGCGCACUGGAGCCAUGGCCCUCCUCCACCGGGCAUGCCGCCCCCGGCCUGGCGUCAGCCUGCUCUCUUGGCUCCCCCGGGUCCCCCAAACUGGCUGGGGCCCCCAGCACAGAGUGGCACCCCCCGUGGUGGAGCCCUGCUGCUGCUAAGAAAUAGCCCUCAGCCCCUGCGGCGAGCAGCCUCGGGGGGCAGUGGCAGUGACAGUGUGGGCCCGCCUGCUGCUGCAGUGCCUGGGCCUCUGAGCCGCAGCACCAGUGUCGCUUCCCACAUCCUCAAUGGUUCCUCCCACUUCUAUUCCUGA